AUGACUGCCUACACCCCCGUCCAGCAAAGAGUGUCGGCUAGUCUCAAAGAGAACAGCGAUGCUUACUCUGUUGCUUCUGGUGGGGCGUUUGGACCAGUCAGUGGCCCUACAGACUGCCUUUUACCGGAAGAGGAGGGGAACCAGAGGGAAAGAGGAUGUAAGGCCAAGGCAAAUAGCCUUCUCUGUGGCAAUAUAUGCAAUAUAUCAUACACAGAACAACAAUUACGAUUAACACCAUCUUCUGCUAUCAAAAGGAACACCACUGAAGCAAUUCAGAAUGCUUUGGGGCCCAGUCUUACUCCCAGUGCAAUCACUGUGUGGACUUCGGUGAUCUCUGUAAUACAUUCCUCAACUAUCAAAGACUCUUAUUUCUGCUCACAUAGGAAAACACGCUUCAUUGUUCAUGGAUUCAUGAGCACCGGAAAACGUGGCUGGGUGGUAGAGAUGUGCUUGCUGCUAGUGGAAGUGGAAGAUGUGAACUGCAUUGCCGUGGACUGGGCAGAUGGUGCAAAAGGCACAUACAUCAGUGCAGUGAACAACAUCCGUGUUGUUGGGGCUGAGAUUGCUUAUUUCAUAAAAACUUUAAUGAAAAUGUUUCAAUUCUGCCCUUCUCAUAUCCAUAUCAUUGGCCAUAGUCUGGGUGCACAUGCUGCAGGAGAUGCGGGAAGAAGAAUACGAGGCAUCAAAAGAAUAACCGGUUUGGACCCCGCUGGGCCCUUUUUUGAAGGCACUCCGCCUAAAGUCAGAUUGGACCCUACGGAUGCAAGAUUUGUUGACGUUAUUCAUAGUAAUGCUGCCCAAUUUCCUACUAUAGGAGUUGGAAUGGUUAAUACCACUGGCCACCUUGACUUUUACCCAAACGGAGGAAGUAUUAUGCCUGGAUGCGAUGAUGUAAUUAUUCCAGUGACUAAAAAAGACUGUCGAGUCUUCGCUGAAGAUGCCAAUUCUCCUAUAUGCCAUCAUUCACGCAGCCAUCAGUUUUAUUUUCAAAGUAUCCUCUAUCCCAAUGGAUUUCUUGGAUAUCCCUGCAGGACAUACGAGUUCUUCCAGUCGGGACUCUGCUUCCCAUGUCCCAGAGAAGGCUGCCCAAUGAUGGGUCACUAUGCUGAUCAAUAUCCAGCUAAACUGGAGAAAAUAAACCAAAAAUAUUUUUUAAACACAGGAGCACACCCACCCUUCACUAGUUGGAGCCACCGAAUAUCUAUCAAGCUGUCUGGCACGAAGAAAGUGAGGGGGGAACUAAACAUAGUUUUCCAUGGCACAGACGGGUUCACAAAGCAGUACGAAAUUAUCUGUGGACUCCUUCAUCAAGGCAGCAUUUAUACAAAGUACGUCGAUGUUGAAAUUAACCCAAGAUAUAUUACAAAAGUUGAAUUUCUCUGGAAUAAGAAUAUAUUGACUCUGCUUUGGGCCCGAUUGGGAGCAGAAAUGGUCCACAUAAUCAAUGAAGAAGAUGGACACGUGUCUACAUAUUGUGGCAAUGGAAAUGUGAAAUAUGGAAUUCCACAAUUACUUACACCUUGUUAAAUUAAAUCCCAUCAACUAUAGUUGCUGUGUUAUCUGUCCUCUCUCUGGGGUUGUUUUCACACACAGCUAUUGAUAGAAAAUAAUUCUUAAAUAGGUAGUUUUCUUUGUUUUCUCAGCUCUGUGCAAACACACUGAUGGGUUUUUCAAGCAAGAAGUCAUUGUUUAAGUUUAUCCUAGUCCACUUCCCUUGUAAGAGACGGGACAGGAGCCACGGGAGUACAUAUAUAGGUGCACUGAUAAACAUUGUAAUAUUGACACAAUCUUUUCAAACAGAGUCUCACAGACAAAUACAAAUGUUUUCCAAUGUGUUGCAUUUGCAAGAUUCUCUCUCUUUAAUGUGUUUAGAUUGCACAAAAUCUCAAAACAGCCCUAAACAUAGGCCGGGAGUACAGGCAGAAAACCUCUAUGCAGUUUACCUUGCUGUUUUAAUGCAUUAAAAUACAUCAUUACACUUAACAUACACAAUAUGUAUGAGAUAAGAAUAGACACGCACAAAAACAAGUCACCAUUUCAGUGAAAGUCAGAACUACCCAUCAUACACCGCAAUCACACAAAUACUUUGCAAGUAAAAUAUUCCCCACUUAUGGAGAAAACGAUGGGGCUAAGCUGUAGCAUUAAGCUGCAGCUCUACAUUAAGGGUAGUACAGAGAUGCACCAGCCUAGUAGAAGCUCCAGGAGACACUCUGGACUCUGCCAAGCUCCUGAUGGCACAGCCAGCCACAAGCUGCUUUUAAAUGG